AUUUGCUGCUGUUGAAUGUUCUCGCAGCUACUCGAUCGAGGUGCUGGAUCGGGCGACACAGCGCUCGGGGCCUGGCACAGGUGUGAAGGGCACCCGUCCCUCCCGGAGACCAUGACUCCGCCUUGUGCUCUGCUCAUCCUGCUGCUGCUGCUGGAGGGGGCGGCCGACGCCGCGUUCCCUGAAGAGCCCGGGCCCAUUAGCGUGGCCCCUGGAGACUAUGUGAAGCACUACUCGGUGUUCGUGGGCAGCGGGCUGAGCCACUUCUCCAGCCUGGACGGCAGCGGGGCAGAGCGACUCAACAUCCAGCGCAUGUUGAAGGUCAACAGGACUCUGUACAUUGGCGACAGGGAUAACCUGUACCGGGUGAGCCUGGAGCCUGCCACAGCCAGCGAGAUGCGCUACCAGCGGAAAUUGACGUGGGGGUCGAACCCACAUGACAUCAGCAUCUGCCGGAUGAAGGGGAAGCACGAGGCAGAGUGCCGCAACUUCAUCAAGGUGCUGCUGGUGAGAAACGAGAGCACGCUCUUCGUGUGUGGGACCAACGCCUUCAACCCCGUCUGCGCCAACUACAGCAUGGACACCUUGGAGCCCAUUGGAGACAGCAUCAGCGGCAUGGCCCGGUGCCCCUACGACCCCAAACAUGCCAAUGUUGCCCUCUUCACAGGCGGGAUGCUGUUCACGGCCACGGUGACGGAUUUCCUGGCAAUCGACACGGUGAUCUACCGGAGCCUGGGGGACAGCCCCACUCUGCGCACCGUCAAGCAUGACUCCAAGUGGUUCAAAGAGCCCUACUUUGUCCAUGCUGUGGAGUGGAAGAGUCAUGUCUAUUUCUUCUUCCGGGAGAUUGCCAUGGAGUUUAACUACCUGGAAAAGGUGGUGGUAUCCCGGGUGGCGCGGGUGUGUAAGAACGACAAGGGCGGCUCGCAGCGCGUGCUGGAGAAACAGUGGACAUCCUUCCUCAAGGCCCGGCUGAACUGCUCCGUGCCGGGGGACUCGCACUUCUACUUCAAUGUCAUCCAGUCGGUGACAGACAUCCUGUACCUGGACGGGCGGCCCGUGGUGCUGGCGGUCUUCUCCACACCCUCCAACAGCAUCCCCGGCUCAGCAGUCUGCGCCUUCGACAUGGCACAGGUGGCGUCUGUCUUUGAGGGGCGCUUCCGGGAGCAGAAAUCCCCCGAGUCCAUCUGGACUCCCGUGCCGGAGGAGAUGGUCCCGAAGCCACGCCCUGGCUGCUGCCUUGCUCCCCAACACCUGAUGGCAUCACCUCUUCUCUUGGGCUUCUCCUGGACCUCAGCCGUCAUGAACAAUAACGAGCGACCCCACCUCCACCCCCUGCUUUGCAGGUAUCAGCUCCACAAAAUUGUGGUGGACAGUGAGGCGGGGCCCUGGGGCAACUGCACCGUGGUCUUCCUGGGCUCCAACACCGGCACCGUCCUCAAGUUCCUGAUCAAGCCCAACAUCAGUGCCAGCCCCUCAGCUGUCAGCGCCGGGAGCCAGAGCCUGCUCCUGGAGGAGUUCGAGACCUACCACCCCGGCAGGUGUGGCCGAGACAACGAGGAUGAAAGGAAGCUCUUGGGCAUGGAGCUGGACAAAGCCACGGGGUCCUUACUGCUGGCCUUCCCCCUGUGCGUGGUGAGGGUGCCCACUGCCCGAUGCCAGCAGCACUCGGGCUGCAUGAAGAACUGCCUCGGGAGCCGGGACCCCUACUGCGGCUGGACCCCUGAGGGCUCCUGCAUCUUCCUGGAAACUAGCACCAGGGCUGUGUUCGAACAGGACAUCGCCGGAGGCAGCACCUCGCACCUCGGAGAGUGUGAGGGGCUGGUGACGGAGAGCUUCGUGGAGGAGCCAGACGGGCUGGUCUCCGUGAAUCUGCUGGUGAUCUCCUCCGUGGCUGCCUUCGUCAUCGGGGCGGUGAUCUCCGGCUUCAGCGUGUGCUGGUUCAUCGGGCACCGAGGCCGCAAGGAGCUGGCGCGCCGCAAGGACAAAGAGAACAUCCUGGCGCACAGCGAGUCGGUGGUGAGCGUCAGCCGGCUGGGCGAGCGCCACGCCCGCGGGGGCCAACCCGAGAACCUCUUGGCCCCGCUGAUGCAGAACGGCUGGCCCAAGGGGCUCAUCAAGGUGAGCCAGCAUGACCUGGACUCGGGGGUGCUGCCCACCCCCGAGCAGACCCCCCUACAGCAGAAGCGCUGCCCCAGCAACCUCAAGAACUGCAGCUGGGAGCAGAGCCACAAUCUCAUCAACGCCUCCAUCCGCGAGCCGCCCUGCGCGGGCUCCUCCGUCAUCCUGCUGCACUCCAGCCACGCCCAGAUGCCCCACCACCUGGGGGCCGGGCGCGUCAUCCCCAUCUGCCACUCCAUGCUCAUGGACCAAGAGCUGGAGGAUGAGACGAGCAACUCCUCCGUGGACAUGCACUACCUGCCAGUGAGCAGGGCACGAGAGCGGGGCGAGGGGCUGAGGGGCCAGCAGCAGCCGCCCCCUUCCCACCGGCCCGGCUUGGGCAGGAGCUCCUGCGGCGAGUUCCCCGUCAUGCCGCAUGACAGCCCGGACCGGCGCCGGGUGGUGUCGGCACCGAGCGGGGAGGCCGGGGACGGCAGCCACUGGAACCCUGACAAGCUGAAUUUCAACAGCAACAACGCCGCCAGACAGGCAGCCGCCCACCUCAAGAGGAACCACACGUUCAAUAGCGUGGAGAACCGGGGGGUGUACAGCCAGCACGUCGGGCCCCCAGAGGCCCCCACGCUGGGCAGCCAGCACACCCUCACGGACCUCAGCCACCUCCUCAAGUACAGCAUCGAGCGGACUCCCUCGGUCAAAUAGGAGCCGGCCGGGGAGGGGUGUGGUUUGAUUUUAUAGCCUCCUCUUUGGGGCGGGGUUUCAGCAGAGAGGGCGGAGCCUAGGGAGCCUCACUCCCAUCCAGAGAGACACGCCCCAGACCCAGGUGUCUCCAGCGAAUGACUGUAGGGGGCGCCAGAGAGGAGCCAGUUGUGGGCGGGAGGGGGGUGUCUCUGCGUUUUCUCUGGCAGCUGGUGCUUCCGCACUGGACUCUUCUCCAUGAACCUGCCCCACUUGCUCCUUCUUUUUGGUGGGACCUAGGCAGGAUUGGGGCCCCUCCAAGCAGGAUUUCGGCAUCAGCAUAGAUAUAACAAAGCAGCGCGAGGAGGUGGAAGGCAGCUGGCUGGACAAGGCCCUGGUGAACCUGGGCCCCCCCACCCCGCCCGGCUUGUCACCUCCUCGUUUUUGUACUGUAAAUGGUGGGGGGGUGAGCUCUUCUUGCUCCUUGACACCCCAGCGCAGAGCGGCCUCCCCAGGAUCUCAGAGUUCUCCUCUUUCUUUUGGAAGGGGCCAAAGCCACAGCUCCUCUGUUCCCCCCACCUGACACGGCCAGUGCCCAAAGUCUCCUUUUGCCUCUUGCUGGGAGGGCACAGGGCCUGGGUACCCCUGGCAAGGGCUGGGCCCGUUCCUCCACUUGCGGUGGGCAACACCCCUUCUGCCCUGCUCUGUUGGGGCAAGACCCCCUCUGUCUAUCCCAGGACAGGGCUUCAGGCUGCGACCUCCAGGGAAUCCGGCCGGUUGGCUCCCCGCCAGCUUGGCUAGCACUAGGAUCUGGCGUGGUGCCAGUGGCUACUCCACUGGUGGACCAGCAAAGAGAGGGGGGGACCGCGGGGGUGUUUUCUUCCUGCCUGGCUGGGGCCGAUCUGCCCGUCCAGCUGCCUCUCUGCAGACAGACCAGCACUUUACCCGUCACCCCUGCCGGGCAGAUGCCAGGAGAUGGCAUUGGAUUGACACUGCAGCAAGGGUACCGCUACGCUCCCCAAAACCACCCAUCUGUCCCUUCGACAUUUCCUGAUACUGCCCCCCCCACCGGCCCCUCUGCAGCCCUAACGAGGCGCCUCUGAACUGGCUGGUGAAACGGUUCCCGGCUGCCUCCCCACAGCCGCACGGUGCCGCCGCCGGCUCCAUCGCCCCCGUGCCUUGAUGCAGUUGGUCACGUGGCACCCGAUUCCAGCAGGAGCUGACUGCGGAGGGGGGUGGGGCAGAGGAUUGGCACAACCAUAGCCUUGGGGACUGUGGAUUCCCCCGGGGAGACAGGAAGCGGGGUAUCUGUCUCUGGAACAAUAGGAAGCACAAUCUUUUUGUCCUUGUUUUAAACCUGUUUGGGGGCUGAUUUUCUACUGCCCACGAGGCGGGAAGGGGCUCCAGGUGUGCGGCUUGCUCUGGGGUGGCGCAGAUUCCUUGGGGGCUUCCAGGAUCAGAUCUUGGCUUGUUUAUAUUUUUAUUUUAUUGGGGGCGGGAGCAGCCUUUCUUUUUCUUUCCUUUCCUUUGUCACGAAUUGCACAAUCCUUCCAGCAUGGAGGCGUCUCUCGGGCCAGGGGUCAGGAGCGUUUCCAGCUGUGGCAGGGCAGCGGGUGGGGUGUUGCCAGCAGAUCUCCGCCCAGGGUCCCCCUCCUCCACCCACCCGCAGCCAAGCGGGCAAGGGGCUCUCUGGGAAGUCUGGCUCCUGCUCCCCCUUGCUAAAGCACAGAUUGGAGCCUAGCUGCUGGCACCGGUCCCGGGCACGGGGAGUGUGCGAUAACGCGGGCAUGCCUCGGUGUGUCUGUGUGCGCGCCUGGCGCUGCCCCCUGCAGGCACCCAGCCAGCCUUUCCGGGCCUGAGCUGCGAUUUGCCGGGGUGCCUCCAGCUCUCAUCUUCCCUGAGGUGUUGGGGCUGGCUCUCGUCUACACUUGCUCCUGAUGGCGGCUAAGCCGGUGGAGCAGCUCCCCGGGUGGUGGGGACCAGUGAAGAUUGCAAGGGAUGGGGCUGGUUCAGAUGGUCGCCCCAAUGCUCAGCUGCUUCUCCCAGUCUCGCCGAGAGCACAAAGUCACCAGUGGGGUGGGGGGAUUCACUUGCUCCCCAGGUACCCUGCACCCCACUCAGACCAUAGAGCUGACAGGGACGGCUUCCUCUGCGGCAUUUCGGCACGUCCCACCACAAGCACAAAAGCCACUGAAACGAGGUCCCCAGCCCCCUUGGGGCCACCGGGUCUGGCUGGGGGUGGGAGCCGGGUUCCUGUCCUCUCCGGGCCUGUUAGCUGAAGCACUGGGUCCAGGGUCAGAUCCUGCUGCUGGGUCGCGUCUGCCCACCGGGACAGGCAGGGCCUGAGACCCAAAGCCCGAUGAAGCGGCUCUGCCUGGAGGCCGGACCCUCUGGCAGCGUGGGGCCAGGGCAAGGAAAGACAUCUGAGGGAGGGGGUGACCGCCUGGGUGCUGGCUGGGCAGUGGAGGCAGGCAGCAGGAUGUGCUUGCUGGGCUGGGAGAGGUAAUCUGGAAGCAGCUGUCCCCCUUCUUCGAUCUAGCCUGUAGCCUGGCCCCAGCACAGCUCUCGCCUGGCACCAGCUUGGCGCUGGAGCUCCAGGCAAAAGGGGGGGGCUGGGGGCUGGGCGAAUCCAACCACAUCCAUUAGGGGCCCGAACGGGAGCUGAGCUCUUGUGACAAUCAGGCCAACAAGACCUGGACCCCCGUGGGGGCAGCGUACGCCAUGCCCAGGCCACUGGCCCCAUGGGGGCAGCGUACACCACGCCCAGGCCACUGGCCCUGUGGGGGCAGCGUACACCACGCCCAGGCCACGGCCCCGUGGGGACGGCGUACACCACGCCCAGGCCACGGCCCCGUGGGUGAAGUCUAUACCAUGCUCAGGCUGCUGGCCCGGUUAGCCUGCACUUGGACGGAUCCUGCCCGCAUGCUGCCCAGGCCAGCUUAAAAUGGCAGCCAAAGCUCUGGGAAGAUGGUGACUGCUCAGCAGGGCUCCUGCCCCGUCCCACUGCGGAGCCUGGGCCCCGCCAGCCAGGCCCCUGCUUUCCCAAGGGAGGCUGGGGGGCCAGGUCCCCGCCUUGGGGAGUUUGACAAGGGAGCAGAGCCAGGCCUGGGGGAAGAGGGGAGGGGACCGUGGUGACACGGAGGGGGACAGGACAGCUGUGAUGGGCUCUGCGGAAAGGGGUGGGCGUCUCUAACUGCCCCCAGGGGGAGCCAGGCCUGCAGGCUGCCCGCUCUCCACCACUGUAAAUAAGGCGUGCGAGGCAUGCAGCCCUCAAGGAGCCGACCCACUGCAAGGCGAGUGGUCCAGUACGAUGCAAGUUCUCUUGUGACCUGUGCCCCCCUGUGACCUUCCUCCUUUUGACCUGUGCAGGCCAUGCAUGCUACAGCAGUAAACUUCUCUGUAUAACUCUGGAGUUCCCCCUGCCAAUAAAGUUCUGUUUACAAGACUGGA